GAUUCAAAAUGAUUUCUAUUCUACUCGACAUUGAUAAGAUUGAUAAAUAAUAGAUAUAAAUAAUAAAUUUUUUAGAUAAAAUAUUAAAACUAGAUUAAAGAUUAAUAAUUAUUUUGGUGAUACUGAAACGUUGCGUUAUAAAAGGUAGGUAAUCAAAAUAUGGUUUGUGGUAGUAGUACACAAGAAGAUAAAAAUGACCAUGAACGAUAUACCACGAAAUUUUUGGGCACAAAUAAAUUAUUGUUACUGGGUACUGGAGAAUCUGGUAAAACUACUAUUAUUAAACAGAUGAAAAUUUUGCACAUCAACGGGUAUUCGAACAUUGAACGUAAAGAAAAAAUUCCACUUAUAAAACAAAACAUUCACGAGUCUAUAUAUGCUAUAGUUAGUAAUAUGGAUAAACUUGAUCCGCCUGUAGAUGUAGAAAAAGCAGAAACUAAAGAGUCCGUUGACUUUAUUUUGAAAUUAGGACCCACAGGACCUAGUGAAUUUACAGAGGAGUACGUACGUCAUGUAAAAACAGCUUGGAAUGAUGGAGGAGUAAGAAAAACUUUUGAAAGAUCCAAUGAAUAUCAACUUAUUGACAGUACAGAGAUAUUUUUGAAUAAAAUAGACGAAAUCAACGACCCGGAGUACAUACCAACGAAUCAAGACAUUUUAUUCUGUAGAGCUGUAACAAGAUCAAUUACAAAAAUUGAGUUUGAUAUACCAGUACCAAAAAAAUACGGUGGUGGUACCGCAGAAUUUUGGAUGUUCGACGUCGGUGGGCAAAGAGGAGAAAGAAAAAAAUGGAUUAAAGUAUUUGCUGGAAUACAAGCAAUAUUGUUUCUUAUAGCAGCUAGCGAUUUCGAUAUGACAUUAAGAGAAGAUUCCUCUGUUAAUAGACUGAAGGAAGCCUUUAAUCUCUUUAGAGAUAUAUAUUCGAGUGUGUCUGUGAAAGACGCUGCCAUGAUUGUUUUCCUGAAUAAACAAGAUGUGCUACAAAAGAAAAUUGAACAAGGAAGAAAACUGGAAAAAUACUUCCCUGAAUAUACUAAUUUCAAGCCAAACGGGAAAGAAGAAUGUAACAAUGAAUAUGAUAGAGCAAAAAUAUUUUUGAAACAAAAAAUAAUAGGAAUUGCUCAAACACCUGUAUUCAUCGAAAACAUGGGAUUUGCACCAGGAAAGAAUAUUACUGAGCAAUUACCGCCGAGAGAAGUUUACAUUCAUUAUACUAUUGCUACCGAUACCAAUAAUAUCAAAAAAGUUUUCGAUUCUGUUCAUGAAAGUAUCCUCAGAAAAAGAGUUUCAGAAAUUGGAUUAUAUUAAAUAAAAUUGUUUGUCAAAAUGUUUUUAAGCUUAGCUCAACCGACCUACAAACUCCUUUUAUCUUGGUAACGUAGUUUAUGAAAAAAGAAGAAAUAGCAUUAAUAACCACAAAUCACUACAUAUUAUAAAACGAGAAAGAGCAAUUUGAGGAAUUUUGAUCAAAUUUUGUAGACUGCAUGUGCAGUAUUAAGUCAGCCACACCCUAGAUUAAAUACUACAAAUAUACAAGGUGACAAAUGGAAAAUUGCUUAAAGUAGGUUCGUUCCAAACCAUCAAGAAACCGUCCUUGGUACGGUGAAGAUUCUGCGCAAUAGAUAUUACGUGUUCCAACCGAACAGUUACCGUUAUGCGAACGAUUCUGUUUUGUGUUUCAACCGAUUUAGGAAUUGUUUGUGAACCGUUUUCGGAAGAACCAUACAUAACCGGAGAUUGCGCAGAAAAUAUCAUUUGAACGCUUCCAAUAACCGUUUCAAGAAUGGUCCAGACUAACAGGUUGGAACAAAGCUAGUAUAUGCUUCCUCUACUCUACCGCAGUUUCUAUUGAGACGCCAUAAAGAGCAGUACCUGUACUUUAAAAUGAGUGACUUUACUAACGAAGUAAAGGUGUAUCUCAUCGAGUGCUUUUAUUCUAAAGGUAAAAACUAUACUGAAGCAUUUGAAGGGUUUCAUACUAAGUUUGGAAGUAAAAAGUCAGUCAGUAAAAAUACGCUUAGAAGGUAAGAAUAAAAAAAUAUAUAUUCGACUUUAUGAUAUUACGAAGUUUAUGGUGAACGCGGUUUAGGAUAUCCCAAAGACACACAUGUAUAGAAUGGCCCCCGUAUUCACCUGACUUAAACCCGAGUGAUUUAUUCUUAUGGGGCUUCACGAAAGAUUACUGUUAUGUAGAAAAACUCGAGACUAAAGAUGAUUUGAGAGGAGCUACUAGAAAAGAAAUUUUUUGAUUUGAUUAUUGUGCAAAUACAGAUGGGGAUAACUUCGAAAAUAUUUACCAUUAAUGGUCAAUCCCUAGCCAAGUCUCAUCUUUUUUUUAAACUUAAUUGUGUCUGUUGAAAAUGUUCAAUUGAACCGAAACCUAUUUCAAAUAAAAAUUACUACUUCAGUGACUUCUCAAUGUUUUUAUUAUUUUCCCUGCACCUACCUGAAAAUUAUAAGUGAUUACUUUAGGCAACAUCCCAUUUGUCACCCGUUAUCACUGUUUUGAUCUCUUUCGCAACGCCUCGGACAUUUAAAUCGGUAAUUUUUAGGGAAUGUUUUGGUCGAGAUAUCGAGUCGAGGGAGCAGUCUUGAUAUCAGAUUCUUUGGAUCAUUUUUAGGUAGUAUAAGGGAAAUUAUGUUUAUAGGAAGGUUUUUUGUAGUUGGUGCUGAUAUAGGAGUUGCUCCUCUGCAGAGCUGGGGUUCGGCUAUGCUAGCUAAAAAGGAGGAAAAGCGACGACCAUUGGUCAGAAGAAACGAAGAUAGAGCUCUAGACAAGUUAGCUCUUUUCGGUUUGGGUAUUUUGUAUAUUUUUUGUUUUUUUUUAUUUUUAAUUUAAUUGGGGGCGGUUGAAUACAGCUACUGUUGCAUUAUUCGUUUCUUCGCAUUUCUGAGAUAUCUGUAAUAUUUAAUCUGGAACCAGACUACAUAAUUCAUUCGAAUGGGAGGUUUUCCGACAUCCCCCGUAUAGUCUCUAUUUUAUGCAUAGUUUCCGAAAACAACUGUCUAGUUUCUCUUUUCAAGAUCGGACGAUUUUAUGGCCUAAUAUAUUAGAAAUCAAGGCAAAACUUUCAUUUGACAAUGAGGCAAUGAAGUACUUACUACAAAAAAUAAACCUCCUCAGUCGACUCACUUUUUUGCUUGGCGAGUGACUUUUUAAGAUUGGAUACCAAAAAAAGCCAAAUUUGGAGAGUACAGUAAUCGAACAAUCGAUUUGGAGAGUACGGUAAUCGAAUAAUCGAUUCCUCGGACCGAAUAAAUCGAUUUUUUAAAUAGAUACGUUGUACUAAAUCGAUAUUUUAUCCUUGAAAAUCGACAUUCGAUUUUUUCUCUUUUUGACAAAAACCAUAAAAUUAUGUACAACUAUCUGAAUGUACUCGUAAUAUUACGGGGUUACUGGUCAAUUAUUCAAAAAUUCGCGAGAUGGUUGCGCGUUUAAUUUCGGAUGUAAAAAAGCAAAUCUCCAUACAUAAUACACUUGUAAUGGAAAUGGAUUAAAAGAAUUUAAACAUCGCAGGCAGACAUGCACUUAAAUUUUGAUCUUAUACUUUACUGGCAAAAACAAAAAAACUUUAUUCAUUACUCAAUAGCCGUGAUAUAUAUGAGUUUCGAGGGAUCGUCUGUUCGCUCGGAUCCUAGUAGACUUGUCAUCAUCGAAUCCCCUGAACUAUAAAAUCCCAGAUUUUACUGAUAAGAGAGAGAUUGUUUAUCAUGCAAUUUUUCUUGUUUUUCACAAACCGGAUUCAUAUUUAAAUCAUAAAUACAAACUUAGGAAUAAAUUAAUUUUUGGAAAUCGAUCUUUAAGACAUAGAUUUUUUUAUGAACAAUCAGGUUGCUAUUGGAAUCAAUUUAGCCAUGACGAAAGCUUAGGUGUGGACUAAUGCAUUAUCAUGGUAGAAGCGCACUUUUUCCUUCACCAAAUGGGGCAGGUUUUCUCUUUAAUUCGGCAUACUACAACCCUUUGACCAUUUUGCCCUUCACCGGAUAGCCAUCUACUAGAAUGUACUACACAAUAGUAAAUUGAAAUACUUAUCGGAGUGGCCUUGUAUAAAUACUAGGGCCAUUUGCCGUUGAAUAUAUUGUUAUUUAUCUCCAUAUUUUUUAUGUAAACUGUCAACAUUUCAUAUAAAUGUGACUGAUUAAGUUUCAUUGUCGCUCCUCCUUAAAUCGCUCUAGUAUAAAGGGAGCUUGUAUCCAUGGAGGGUCUUUAAUCAUCAAAGAUACUACAUAAUGUGAAAAAUAUACGACUCUCAAUAUAUAUUUUACGAAACCCCACUAUUAAUACAUACAAGGAUUUGAAAUAAUUUAACACUUAGUAAUAAACUUUAUUAGAAAAAAAAA